AAUAAUUCGCUUUACUAAACAUUUCGAAUCGACUAAUACAAUUGACACAUUUUGCAAAAUUAUAAUAUGAAAACGAUAUUAUGAUUAAUAUUCAAAGUUUUCUUAGUGAACAGUGCAGUUUUACGAGUUUGAACGAAAAACUAUAGUAUAUGCGCGAGCACUUUCGUGACCCACGUGACAGUAAUUUCGGUACGGCCGGUCUCGCCACGUGAUUCUUAACAUACAGCCGGCUGCUAUACAAAACGAUAAAGAGAGCUUACGUUAUCUCUAGAGUCUCUAGCUACUUUUUGUAAUAUCGUGUUAAUUUUUUCACAGUAUUUUUUUAUUGACUACUUAUAAAUACAAUCAUGGCAAAUUUAUCGUUUUCACAAGCAAAAUCGAAGUUCGAAUCGUUGUUGCAGUCAGUGAAAAAUGAGGAUAAAGAUGAAUUUCUUUCAUUUGCUUUUGAAGCCCUUGCUCAAGCUGGAAUUUAUUCUUUGUACAAUCAAGGCAAAAACCCAAAAGUUAAAGGUGAUGAAGACUUUGAUGAUGAUAUCUUAAACGAUCCCAUUGUUAAAUUAAAUACUAUUGCUGAGCACGUCAAAAAAAUUCUUCCUUUGGAAGCUAUACUUCCUUCAGAAAAGUUCGUAGUUCCCCAGGAUAGCAGCAAGAAUUCUGACUGCAAACCAGACAUCACAAUUAGUGUAGAUGAAUUUUUAUAUGAUGAUGAAGAUAUUGACGAUCUCGUUGAUCAAGGAAAAAUGAGUCGUUUCUAUUGUACGAAAUGCAAAUCAAAAAAUAUUAAACCUCUGAUAUUCAUAUCACAUUCAAUGUCAAAAGAUGCCCUCUAUUACAUUUUCAAUGACAGACUACCAACAAUUGAGGACAAGACUGUAUUGGAUAUUGGAUCUAGAUUUGGAGCAGUUUUAUAUGGGGCUCAUGUAUUCACAGAUGCUAAGAGCAUCAUUGGUGUUGAAAUGAAUGAAGAACUCUGCACUUUGCAAAAUGAAGUCAUCCAGAAAUACAACAUGGACGACCGUAUAAAAGUUGUGCAUGAUAAAAUUCAAAAUGUUCCUGACAUUGUGGCAUCAGCUGAUGUAGUUGUAAUUAACAACUCAUUUGAAUUUUAUCUUACUAUAGAAGAACAGACUCAAAUUUGGAAAUAUUUGAAUCAACACAUUAAAAAAGGUGCCUUUUUGGUGACAAAUCCUCCCCUUAAUCAAACACUUGAACAAGUGCCAACUGGUAUCGAGCUUCAAAAGUGGGUAAAAAAAUUCAAUUUGGAUGAUAAGUCAUCAGGUAAUGACAAAGACAGUGACAAUUGGUCAGACAAUGAUAAGUUUUCCGAUUACGAAGUCUACCAAGUUCUAUAAAUCAAUUCAUGCAAGCAUCAUUAAUUCCACAAUCUGAAAAUGAAAGACUGUAAGAUCUUCGUCAAGGAGUGAGAAUUUAGAAUAUUGUAUACAAUUUUUAGUGUUUUUUAUUUUUAUUUUUGUAUUAACUACGCAAGUCAUGCGUAGAGUGUUUUUAUUAUGUGAGACAUAAGUGAGGUGAAAUUAUGAAUAAAUCAAACAGUGAAUUGUA